CAAGAUAUUUUACAAUGGAGACCUUCUUACUCUUUCCCUCGACAAAAUCUCUGGCUCGACCUUCCAGUCCAACAAGAAGUAUCUUUUCGCAAAGAUUGAUAUGCAGAUCAAGCUUGUCCCUGGCAAUUCAGCUGGCACCGUUACUGCCUAUUACAUAAGUCGCCUUCAUUUUCUGUCCUCACAAGGGCAAUACCAUGACAAGAUAGACUUAGAAUUCCUCAGGAACUUAAGCAGUCCUUACAUCCUCCACACUAACAUCUUUUCUCAAGGCAAGGGCAACAGAGAAGAGCAAUUCUACCUCUGGUUUGAUCCCACUACAGAUUUCCACACCUACACCAUCCUUUGGAAUCCCCAACACAUUGUCUUCUAUGUGGAUGGCAUUCCCCUUAGAGAGUUCAAGAACCUAGCAUGGAUGGGUAUCCCAUUCCCAACAUACCAGCCAAUGAAAUUGUACUCCAGUCUUUGGAAUGCUGAUAACUGGGCAACAAGAGGUGGACUUGUGAAGAUAGAUUGGACCCAAGCACCCUUCAAUGCUUCCAAUAGGAAUUUCGAAGACAGUAAUGCUUGUGUUUCAUAUUGGGGUCCCACUACUUCUUGCACUACUUCAGGGACCAGGGGAGGCUGGUUCUGGCAAACGCUUAAUUACAGUGACCAGGGAAAGCUCAAAUGGGUUCGGGACGAUUACAGGAUUUACAAUUACUGCCAAGACACACAGCAGUUCCCUGAAGGGUUGCCCCCAGAAUGUUAUAUUUCCACCAACUACUAGCUGGAAUGCUACGCUUUGUUCGUACGUCUAGCUCGAAGCCUAAAUUAAAGUUUUGCCCUUUUCU